AUGUCGACUUAUCUGAGGACCAACACCAGGGUGCUCGGCGCCAUCAAGGCCCAGCCCUGGAAGAUCAGCUGUGUAGCUGCCGGCCGCGCCGCCGCCAGGGCCUACUCCUCCGGUGCCGAGCCCGACCUCAAGGAGACCAUGAAGGAGGUCAUCCCUGCGAAGCGAGAGCUCCUCAAGAAGGUCAAGGCUCACUCCGAUAAGGUCCUCGGCCAGGUUAAGGUUGAGAACACCCUUGGCGGCAUGCGUGGCCUCAAGGCUAUGGUCUGGGAGGGCUCCGUCCUCGACGCCAACGAGGGUAUCCGCUUCCACGGCCGCACCAUCAAGGACUGCCAGCGUGAGCUCCCCAAGGGCAAGAACGGCACCGAGAUGCUUCCCGAGGCCAUGUUCUGGCUCCUCCUCACUGGCCAGGUCCCCUCGACCAACCAGGUCCGCGGCCUCUCGCGCCAGCUCGCCCAGGAGGGUGCUCUCCCCGAGUUCGUCUCUAAGAUGAUCGACGCCUUCCCCAAGGACCUUCAUCCCAUGACCCAGUUCGCCAUUGCCGUCUCGGCCCUCAACUACACCUCCAAGUUCGCCAAGGCCUACGAGCAGGGCCUCAACAAGGCCGACUACUGGGAGCCUACCUUUGACGACUGUAUCUCCCUUCUCGCCAAGCUCCCCACCAUUGCUGCCAAGAUCUACCAGAACUCGUACCGCGGUGGUGGUGCCCUUCCCGCCGAGAUUGACCUCGAGCAGGAUUGGUCUUACAACUUCGCCGCUAUGCUCGGCAAGGGCGGCAAGGAGAACGAGAGCUUCCAGGACCUCCUGAGGCUGUACCUCGCUCUCCACGGUGACCACGAGGGUGGCAACGUGUCUGCUCACGCUACCCACCUCGUUGGCAGCGCUCUCAGCGAUCCUUUCCUCAGCUACAGCGCUGGUCUCCAGGGUCUUGCCGGCCCUCUUCACGGCCUUGCCGCCCAGGAAGUCCUUAGGUGGAUCCUCCAGAUGAAGGAGGCCAUCCCCGACUCGUACAGCGAGCAAGACAUCAACAACUACCUCUGGGCCACCCUCAACUCCGGCCGUGUCGUUCCUGGCUACGGCCACGCCGUCCUCAGGAAGCCCGACCCCAGGUUCGAGGCCCUCAUGGACUUCGCCGCCAGCCGCCCCGAGAUCGCCGCGGACCCCGUCUUCCAGCUCGUUCUCAAGAACAGCCAGAUCGCCCCCGAGGUCCUCAAGAAGCACGGCAAGACCAAGAACCCCUACCCCAACGUCGACUCCAGCUCCGGUGUCCUCUUCCACCACUACGGCUUCCACGAGACUCUCUACUACACCGCCACCUUCGGUGUCUCUCGUGGUCUUGGUCCUCUCGCUCAGCUCAUCUGGGAUCGUGCCCUCGGCCUCCCCAUUGAGCGCCCCAAGUCCAUCAACCUUGAGGGUAUCCUCAAGGAGGUUGAGAAGAGCUCUUAA